CCCCAUCCAAGGAGGGCCUAGUAGUCACACAAAUAGUUGGUUAAAUUGUGAUUUUAAUUGUGAUUUUAAUUAAUGGAGCAACCGUUUUUCCCCCUUCCUGGUGAGCGUGAAGCGAUAGGAAAUGGCAUGGACGGAUGAGCGCUCAACUCCGUUCACAUACUCUGGUACAGGUUAGGGUUAUGGACGUCCCAAGAAUUCCAGAUUGCAAUGACCAAGGUACGCCUGCGCUCUGACUACUACACUGAAAACAUAUCGCUCAACUCCAGCUUGAACCCCCAUCCCCCGGGCCCGUUUACAGCAUGGAAAGGAAAGUUCUUGCACUCCAGGCGAGGAAGAAAAGGACAAAGACGAAAAAACCCGGCAAAAAACCAGACCCUGCACCGCGGGGAGGUGCGUCCAAGCAGAAUGACUCUCCUAUCCCAGACCAGGAGGAGGAGAUACUGGGCUCUGAUGACGAGGAGCAGGAGGAUCCCAACGACUACUGUAGAGGAGGUUACCACCAUGUGAAGAUAGGAGACCUGUUCAAUGGAAGAUACCAUGUGAUCAGGAAGCUGGGCUGGGGACAUUUCUCCACUGUAUGGCUGGCCUGGGACAUACAGGGGAAGCGUUUUGUGGCCAUGAAGGUGGUGAAGAGUGCAGAGCACUACACUGAGACGGCCCUGGAUGAGAUCAAGCUGCUGAGAUCGGUGAGGAACACAGACCAGAACGACCCCAGCAGAGAGAAGGUGGUUCAGCUACUAGACGACUUCAAGAUCUCUGGCAUGAACGGAAGUCAUGUCUGUAUGGUGUUUGAGGUUCUGGGUCAUCACCUGCUGAAGUGGAUCAUCAAGUCUAACUACCAGGGCCUUCCUCUGCCCUGUGUCAAGAGCAUCAUUCGACAGGUUCUCCAGGGGCUGGACUACCUCCACUCAAAGUGUAAGAUCAUCCACACGGACAUCAAGCCAGAGAACAUCUUGUUGACUGUUAACGAGCCCUACAUUAGGAAUAUGGCUGCUGAAGCUACGGAGUGGCAGAGGACAGGAGCUCCACCCCCCUCUGGAUCUGCAGUGAGCACAGCCCCUGCGCCCAAAUCAACGGCGAAGAUGUCAAAGAACAAGAAGAAGAAGAUGAAGAAGAAACAGCGGAAGCAGGCAGAGAUGUUAGAGAAGAGGAUUCAGGAGAUGGAGGGAGCGCCGGAGGGAGGAGAGGAGACUGAAGGGAUAACCACAGACGCCCCCCCGCCAACCUCCGACACGCUACAGGACAUUGCUAACGGUGUCACAGCAGACCCAGCUCCAGAUAAAACGGAGGAGGAGAGCAGGAUGGAGGUGAACUGCAAUGGCCACACCCUCUUGGAGAGCCAUGAGGUACAGAGGACCAGUGAAGAAGAAGAGGAGGACCAACAGAAAGCCAACAAACUUGACGCCGUAGCCCCCAACAACGCCAGUACACAUGGACGGGACUCGCCGGCCAACGCCGUUUACCCAGAAUGCAACGGCAGAGUGCCCGGCGACUCCGGAACACACGAUAAAGAAGGGAGAGGAAAGGAGGGCAAGACGGAGGAGUGUAAACGACCAGAGAAGGAUGAGGAGGAGAGAAAAGACGAGGAGAUGGAGACUGAUGUGGUGCCUGGAAGAGAGGAUGAAGAGGAGGAGGGUGAGAGGAACGAUAAAAUAGCAGCAGGCAGUCUGUUGGUCAACCCUCUGGAACCUCUCAAUGCAGACAAGAUCCAGAUCAAAAUAGCUGACCUGGGGAAUGCCUGCUGGGUGCACAAGCACUUUACAGACGACAUCCAAACUCGUCAGUAUCGUUCUCUGGAGGUGCUGAUGGGAGCCGGCUACGGGACGCCUGCUGAUAUCUGGAGCACUGCCGCAAUGGCUUUUGAGCUGGCGACAGGAGACUACCUGUUUGAGCCUCACUCUGGGGAGGACUACUCUAGAGAUGAAGAUCACAUAGCUUUGAUCAUUGAGUUGUUGGGUAAAGUUCCUAAGAAGCUGAUCCUGGCCGGAAAAUACUCCAAGGAGUUCUUCACCAAGAAAGGUGACCUGAGGCACAUUACCAAGCUGAAGCCGUGGGGUCUGUUGGAGGUGUUGGUGGAGAAGUAUGAGUGGUCUAAAGAGGAGGCAGCAACCUUCGCUAGCUUCCUUUUCCCAAUGUUGGACCUGGUACCAGAGAAGAGAGCUACGGCUGCAGAGUGCCUCCGACACGCAUGGAUCACCCCCUAGAGGAGCCACAGCGCUACUACAGCCAACAAGCAGCUCAUACAGUACACACAUGCAUACAUACAUGAACAUAUGUACAUACACACACACAAACAUACAUACGUACUCACAAGCAUUCACACACACACACACACACAUAUAAGAGGAAGCCGUUGCCAGCACCAUGCCUGCAUUGCCUCCCUAGUGGCUCAACACACGCACAAAUCACGCUAGACUGGCUACUGAAGCCCUACUGGUGGCCUUCAUAGAAAACACUGGUUCCAGAUAAAUAAACACAAGGAAGCCCGAUCCAGCAGCACUAUAUCUAUUUAUGUCUCUCUCUUUUACUUUUUCUUUUUGGUACUGACUGGAUAUGACUUGAGUAUCUGAUCUCUUUUUCUUUAUUUACUCUUGUUUUUGGUCCUUCUGUAGCACAGUUGGUAGAGCAUGGCGCUUGUAACGCCAGGGUAGUGGGUUCGAUUCCCGGGACCACCCAUACGUAGAAUGUAUGCACACAUGACUGUAAGUCGCUUUGGAUAAAAGCGUCUGCUAAAUGGCAUAUAUUAUUAUAUUAUAUAUUAUUGUUUUUCUCUGUGCCAAUGAUGACACCUCUACCAAGUUUCAUUCAGAGUUUCUCUUCUGUUUGUGUUCCUUUGUUUAACAGAUGUGCAUGUUCAGAGUUAACAUCAAACCUCACAGACCUCCACUGGACAAUUUCAAGACCAAUCCAAUCAUAUCUACAGAACACCCACUGUACCACUAUACUAGCACAUCCGAAUGGUAGUUAUUUUAUAUACAGUAUUGAUAGAGGUUAGUUUGAGUAUUUUCCUUCAAUAACAAAGCAUAUUUACAAUGUGUGUAGGAUUGUGGGGAAGAGUAGCUACCUAGAAAGUAAUCAACAGAAUCAAAGGAUUCUCCAUGAAGUACUCCUGAACUGGAAUUGACUGAAUGCAAUGGAACUUGUUCUGUUUCUCUUCUAUGACAUCAUCCCUGUCCUAUCCUUCCUUGUCUCAUUCCAAGCAGCCGUUUUGGAAUGGCACUUACCACAGUGUGGAGAUGGUACCAUCAUACUCUGUCCCGCGUUUCAUGUACUACCUUCUGUUACCUGCAUUGAUCCACAGACCAUGACUAGAACAAUGCUACUGAAUAACCAUGUUUCAAACUAGCCAGCCGAUUCUGACCUUACCGUUACGCUUGUUUACACUAAGCUGCACUGGGGUCGGAACGCAAUCAUGGUUAGAUUUAGACACCGCGGAGCCGGCGCACUGUCUAAAACGUUCCUCAAUGCAGCGAUGGGAUGUGCUACUGUACCCAAAUUGUACUUCAAUUCAAACUGCCCUUUUCCUCCUCAUCCGAGCUAGCAGUAGGCACAGCAGCCAUUAUGGAAUGGAACGUCGCGUUGAACAACAGAGGCUGAUUGGCUGACACAGCCAUUCCAAAAUGGUGGCGGUGGCUACUGCUCGCUAGCAGGAGGAUGAAAGGGCAUUUUUCUAGUAAAAUUAGCAGUAUUUCAAUCUUCUUGAUGUAUCAGUUUUGAUAUAGAUAAUCUUUUCAGUACAGUGUUAUAUCCAAGGAUGUAUGUAAAACCUGGAUUGCUGAUGCUAUGUAUUGGCCAAUGAGUGGCUUUGAAGCAACCGGUCGACCAUAUUGGCACUCCCUAGAGGCAGUCCUUCAUAGGACUUAAUGGAAUUCCACAGUAUUUCAAUUAAAUUAAAGGACAAAAUGACCUGUAUUUAAAUAUUUUUGUCGUGGGGACAGUAACAAUUUAAAAGUAUGCAUUAAGGUGUCUAACAGAAAAAACUUGGUAAAAACAGACUUGGUAAUAAAUGCAUUUUUAUAGCUUCCCAAACUUUAUUUUUUACAAUGGUGGAGUGCCAAGAUGACGGCCCUGUAAGUCAUCUAGUGUGUGUGUGUAUAUAAAUCAUUGGGCACAUCCCAUCCCUGCAUUGAGAAGUUUUCCAGCCCAUAUCUCGUUGCGGCUCUGUGGUGUCUUAAUCUAACCAUGAUUGUGUUCUGACCCCAGUGCAGCUCAGUGUAAACAAGCGUAACAUAGGGUCAGAAUCUGUUGGCUAGUUUCAUACCUCUCCUGUGGUGUUUAAGGUUCUAGAUAAGGUUUGCCUCUGAGAAAAUAAUGCCUCUUUUUUUGCUAGAUGGUGUGAUACAAAAGAUUUUCCCGUUUCAGAAAAAUUAUCAGAAUCAGAAUUCUGUAUUCGAUUCCAGAACAGAUUUACCAAAAAAAUGACUCCUUAUUCUUUAUAUAGUUGGAACGGGGUGCCAUUUUAGGCACAACCCAUAUCUGAACCCCUAUCUUGUACAUACAUAUCUGUACCAAAGAGUUGGCCUUGUCUCUCUGAACUUGUGUUUGGAGCUUCUGUUUGAACUGUGUAUAUUAUGAAGGAGCAGAAGCUCUGCCUGUGUCCCAAAUGUUACCCUAUUACGUAUUUUGUGCCCUAUUUAUGACUAGAGCCCAUUUAGGCUCUGGUCAAAAGUAAUGCACUAUAUAGGGAAUAGGGUGCCUUUUGGAAUACACACUCUGCUAAGGUGCAAAUGUUUGAAUGAGUCGUUAUGAGGUCGAUUGAUGCCUUGAGACGCAUUUGCGAGGUUUUUUUGCUGCAUUUUUAAAGCUUAUUUUCAUACUGACGUUGCCCCUCUUGCAGUGUAGGACUGUUUUAAAUGCAUCAAAGAGAGAGAAAGGUAUAAUCGUGGAUUGUAAUAAAGAAUGAUGACGCUGUUAUAAUGCUUUAAAGAGUGCCCUCCCCCCGAUCCCAUUGGUUGCUCUUUUUCUACAAGCCCCUCUCCUCCCGCCCUCGUUCUCAAUGCGCUCUUUCCCUGACCUCUCCUUGCCUUUCUUCCUCAUCUGCCUCCCCCUCUCCUGACCUCCCUCUCUGCAUUUGAUUGUUCACUGCUAAACUAAGCAUUUUCUGUAGUUGAAUAAACAUUUAGAUUUUGAAAA